AAUGGGAACAGAGGAAUAAGAUGAUAAGGUAGAAUUAGUAGUUAUCUGAGAAAACUGCUUCCAUUAGUGAUGCAAUUUUAUUGAUGAUGGCUUUGCUUGUUCUUAACCAGAUUAUUAUAGAUCUAUUCAACAGAAUUCAGAAGACAAGUCCCAUCAAAAAAUUUAUCAACCCUCCUAUGAUCACAACGACUAUUGGAAUACUUGCGGGUAUUGUAAUGAAUGAAAUCGAAGCAGAUAAUGCAAUGAACUAAAUUAGAAAAGGAUUUAGCUCACUCUUUUUAAUUGUUCUACUCCCUCCAAUACUAUUCGAAAGGUAUGUUUGAUAAUUAUAUAUUCUUAAGCGCUGUCAAUAUGGAAACAGUAAUAAUAUUGUAUAUAUUCUCUAGUAACCAUUUUUUUAGCAUUUCGGCACUAUUCACUUAUAUGCGAUAUUUGGGACUCUAAUAUCAAUUUUAAUAACAACAGGAAUGAUAUAUUUAGGAGGUCUUACUGGGUUUGUAACUGCUUUUCCAUUAAAUCUUGCAUUUGUAUAUGGAUCAUUGAUUUCUGCAACUGAUCCAGUUAGUGUGAUAGGUGCAUUAAAAUCAAUGGAAAUUGAAAAGAUGUUAAGUAUUUUAAUAUUUGGUGAAAGUAUUUUAAAUGAUGCUGUUUCAUUAACAAGUUAUGAGUAAUUUCAGUUAAUUGAUUUAUUUAAGGGCUGCUCUGGAUUUUUAUAAUGAUUCUGAUUAGGGAGUAGGUUGGGUUAUUUUAGGGUUUUUUUUUGAAUUCAUAUUAUCAAUAAUAAUUGGAUUCUUAAUAGGUUGUUUGAGUGCUUAUGUAAUUGAAUUAUAUAUACUAGAUAUUAAAAAAAAGAAAUGAAGAUUCAUAAGAUUCAAUUGCAGAAUUAGAAAAUAUUAUAAUGUUUAUAGUUCCUUGGGUUUCUUAUUUGAUUGCUGAAGCUUUGGAAUUUUCUGGCAUAGUUAGUAUAAUUUUUUGUGGAAUUUCUAUGGCUAGAUAUGCUAUUCCAAAUUUAAGUAAAUCUGGAAGAAAAGUAUAAAUAACACUUAAAUAUAAUUAGAGCAUUAGUAAAACAUAUCAUAGUCUUUCAUCUACAUUUGAAAAUUUAACUUUUCUAUUUAUUGGUAUUGGAUUGAUAGGUUUUGAUCUUUAUUGGGAUUAAAUGGGAGCAGGUUUAUUUUUAAUUACGUUCUUUGCAAUCUUAUUUGCUAGAUUAGCAAAUAUUGUAUCAAUGAGUUUUAUUGCAAAUUGGUUUAGAUCAGCAAAUAAAAUCAAUAAAAACUAGCAAGUAUUUUUAUGGUUUAGUGGAUUUCGAGGAGCUAUGGCAUAUGCAUUAUCUUUAGAAAGUUGUCUAUAAUUUGAAUAUUAUGGAAACAUUAUGUUAACAAUGACAAUUUUGAUAGCAAUAAUUAAUAUUUACUUUUAAGGAGCUUUUAUAAUACCUUUGAUUGAAAUAUUGAAUCUUAAGUUACCAUAAGAUGGAAAUGAAGAAGAAAAACCUUAAGUUGGAUGCUUAGCAAGAUGUAAAUAUGCAAUUGGUUAGUUUGAUGAAAAAUUUAUCUCAUCAAAUUUAAUAAAAUAGUAAUAUUUUACUUUUAUUUUUUUAGAGAAGAAAAGAAAGAUAUUGAAUUAUAAGAUGUAGAAAAAUAAUGAC